AUGUGGAGCCGGCCCCAGGUCCGGGGUAGGGCCUACCAGAUUUCACAAAAGGUCUGGAAGCAGAUCGAUCGAUUUGCUGCAUUUCCACAGAAUGGCGUGUCGCUGCGCCAGAUGGUGCUCUUCGGGCGGAAUACCAACCCGGGCACCCUGCUGCUUGCGAGCUCCUUUCUGAUGGAGGAGCUUCCGGUGCGCAUGGCGCACCGCGUCAAGGAGCUGAACGAGCUCCCGUAUGAUUUGGCCAAGAUGCCGUCAAUCAUCAAGGUCAAGAACUGGUACGCACAGUCCUUUGAGGACAUGGUCGAGUUCCCGGCACCCCGCCUCCCGGACUCGAUCCAACGCAAGCUCUCCAAGUCGAUCGCAAACGAGACGGAGCAGGACGAAGUGCCUUCUACACCGAAUCCGAGUCUGGGCGAGAAUGCGCGCCUCGAGGACGGCGUGUCCAAGUCGCAUCUCACGGCCAACAAGAACUGGUCGACCAGCGAGCCGGGGCUGCGCCGCCGCCCGAUCCUCAACUACGGCACACAGACCCGGCUCGACGAUAUCAAGUGGCCGAUGGAGGUCGUGGACUACAACACCAACUUUACGCGCUGCCUCGAGCGGAUCAAGCGGCGACACGAUGCGGUCGUCACGACCGUCGCGCAGGGCGUUUUGGAAUACAAGCGCGCCAAACGCUCCUCGCAGCACCAGGCGGACGUGCAAGAGUUCUUGGACCGCUUCUACAUGUCGCGCAUCGGCAUUCGGAUGCUGAUCGGACAGCACAUUGCGCUCGGCCGCUCGAUCGAGUCAUCGCACGACUCGCUGGGCUACCUCGCCGCCAAGGCCUCGCAGGGGACCGUGAGCGACGCGAGCGGCACGAGCCCGGAGGAGUACGUCGGAAUCAUCUGCACGAAUACCAACGUCGGCGCGGUGGCGCACGAGGCGAUCGAAAACGCGCGAUUUGUCUGCGAAGAGCACUACGGCCUCUUCCGCGCACCGCCGGUGCAGCUGGUGUGCCCGAAGAACCUGACGUUUAUGUACGUCCCGAGCCACCUCAACCACAUGCUGUUUGAGCUGCUGAAAAACUCGCUGCGUGCUGUCGUCGAGCGCUACGGCACGGAAAACGAGGACCAUUUCCCGGCGAUCAAGGUGAUCGUCGUCGAGGGCAAGGAAGAUAUCACAAUCAAAAUCAGCGACGAGGGCGGCGGAAUUCCUCGCUCCGAAGUCCCGCUCGCCUGGACAUACAUGUACACCACGGCGCGCUCCGAGGAUCUCGAUCCAGACUUCCAGUCGAGCGACUUUCACGCGCCGAUGGCGGGCUUUGGGUACGGCCUCCCGCUCGCGCGUCUCUAUGCGCGGUACUUUGGCGGCGACUUGAAACUGAUCUCGAUGGAGGGCUACGGCACCGACGUAUACCUGCACCUGAAUCGGCUGUCUUCCAGCAGCGAGCCGCUGCCGUAG